AUGAUCGCUUACGAUGUACAACUUGCCAAGGAUGAUCCGCAUCAGAUCGAAUCGGCGGACAAAACUUGCGACGCCAAAAUCGAGGACAAGGAUGAAAAUUCGAACACACAGGAGAAGAACGAUGUUACAAUUAGUGACCCAAAUACUGGAAGCGAAUCCAUAAGUGAAGGCGCUCCAGCAUCAAGCAAUAUUCAUUUGAGUAACAGCCUUCCCCCGACACUUCAGGAACGAUUUUUACGGAUUAAGAAAAUUGUCAAGGAUGCUAUUGCGGCGCAUCACACGUUUAUGAUUUAUGGAAGGUCGCGGGUUAUUCGUGAGUGCAUGCUGAAGAGGGGAUGGUGUGAAAAAUACUAUCGGAAAACUGGUAAUGCAGAUCAGCACCUGAAUGUAGAAUCGAACCCAGUUGCGCUUCUAGCAGGGAUUGGCGACUUGAAAGAUCAGCAGAGUGAAAAUCUACUGAUUUCGAAAAUGCUGAGCAAUCAUGUGGUCGACUUUCUUUGGAACACUGGAUCAGAAUGGCCGGGAUGGCCAGCUCAGGACAACAAGUCGACUAUUUUCAACAGAUUUUGUCGUGCCGGUUUCACGUCGAAAGUGGGCUUGUGUUCGAACGUGAGGCAAAUGCACUGGUAUUACGAAGCGGGAGUGGCAAACACCCUCUUUCCACGAUGCUACAACAUUUGUCAGGGUGAUCAAAUGCAUGCCUUCAUCGAGGAUUUUAGAUUCACCGCUUGUCUCGGCCUUCUGAAAUGGUUGGUAGACAAAAUAAAUACCGAGGGAGAAAAUGCAACGCGAUCGCCAAACGGCACUAUCCCUUUAAAGGCGUUGGACUUCGCGAUCCGAAGAUGCAGCGAUUACAUCGGUGCUCAAUCACACGAGGACAUUGACCAAGAGGCCGAACGCGUCUGGUCUCACCAAUGGGACCAGUUCAUUUGUUGGUACUACAAGAUUAUUUUCGGACAAGCUCUCUUUGUCCGUAACAACGUGCCGUUUCAUAAAUAUUUUCUUGCAUCGCGGCACAUAUUGAAACGGAUUCGUAAAUACUGGCCGCAAUUAGACAUGGAUGGAAUUAUGAACGUUUGGAUAUUGAAACCGGGAAACAAAAGUCGGGGACGAGGUAUCACAUUGAUGAACAGAUUGGAAGACGUAGUGGCCAAGAUCAACCCAGCCAACAAAUCUGACACUCGAUACGUCGUUCAAAAAUACAUCGAACGGCCGCUUCUCAUCUACAGUACGAAGUUUGACAUCAGGCAAUGGUUUAUCGUCACAUGUGCUCAACCCCUCACCCUAUGGAUGUACAGGGAGAGCUACCUUCGGUUUUGCUCGCAAAAGUUUCGCCUUGUCGACUUCCACGAAUCGAUCCAUCUCUGCAAUCAUGCGAUACAGUGCAAAUACAAAAACAGCACUGAUCGCGAUCCUGCACUGCCGGCGGACAACAUGUGGGAUGCAACGACAUUCAAGCAGUUUUUGAAAGCUCAGGGCCACAACGAUGCGUGGGACGAGUUGAUCUAUCCAGGGAUGAAGCAGAGCUUGGUGGGGUCGCUUCUUGCUAGUCAAGAGGCCAUGGACAGACGGAAAAACAGCUUCGAACUCUACGGUGCCGAUUUUAUGGUUAUGGAGGACUUCUCAGUUUGGCUGAUCGAGAUCAAUAGUCAUCCGGACAUGAGCUACACAACCAGCGUGACGACGCGGCUUUGUCGCCAGGUUAUGGAGGACACCAUAAAAGUUGUGAUAGACACUCGAGAGGACAAGAAUGCGGAAACUGGAGAAUUCGAACUGGUCUACCGUCAGCGAAUGCCCAGUUGCCAACCGUACCUGGGAGCAGCGCUUUCCCUCCAAGGGACGCGAAUCGUCUCGACGGAGAAAAAGUCCAACACGUCUGGUCACGACUCGAAGUUGAGCCUCGUCAGCAAGUCGCCAGCUGCAUGUAUCACCCAUUCGAAGUCAGCCGUUCAUAGCUACAUCGGUCCAGUCAUCGUCGACCUCAUUGAGGAACUUGAGAUUCAGCUAGAUCAGGAAUUCUACGCCUAUUACAAACUUGAAUCCCCUAAAAUGCGACAGGCCAUAACUGCGUCGGAAACCUCAAUCGUUGCGCAGAAGAUUCCUGAAACGCGGCCGAAGACUUCCACCCGGACAUCACCGUCAGCCACUAAGACCAAAAGUCCGCCUCAGGAUAACACCUCGAAGAUGGAAUCAGCGACGAAAAACACACCGACAACUCAAUCUGGAAGGCAAAGGCCCAGUCAACAUACUGCCAAAGCGGUUGCAAAUGGGCAGCAAACACUCAUCUCGACGAUAAUGGAACUCAGGCAACCCCAGAACACAGCCGCGAGUGCCGCAAGGGUGGAGAAACAAACGCAACAACAUCACGAAGAAAAGAUUAUCAGCGCAGCUAUGCAAAGUGCGAUAAAUAAGUACAAGAGGGUCAAUGCACAAACACCGGAACCACCACUUUCUACUCUAUUAGCGCCGAACCACCCCCUCAAAAUAGGACGAGCACCAUCUGGAAGAAACCAUAAUAGAAGUAGCCAACGUAAACAGAGUCAUUCAAAAAAGACGAAAGUGUUGUCCAACAUCACUGAUAUGUACGCGGUGGGCCUCGGUCUGACAAAAUAGACAAAACAUUCACCUUCUUUGUUCUACUUUUCAGCAAUACUGUGCAUUCCAAUUAUAUUCCCUUUGAUCAAUUUCAGAGUUUAUCUAAUUCAAUUUUACUAAUGUACCCUGGUCAAUAAAAAAUAUUAU